AUGCCGCAGUUCAGCAGCGAUAACAUCCUGCUAAUCUCGCCUGGGUCGCAAGUCACCCUCGCGCAGCUAGGACUACCAGAGUCCUUCACUCCAGCUCGGUUCCGGUUCCCGACGCGCAUGUUCCCUGCGGAAAAGAAGGGAGAAUGGGAGCCUCAUAGGAUACGCGGACGGGUCGUUAAGGUCAGGAAAGUUGUAUCUCCUAAGCCGGCGGGAGCAGCGACAGAGCCUUCGGUGCCGUCGAGCGAGGGAGGAGCUGUGGCUGGUUCUGGCUCCGUUACAGAGGGCAGCUCGAAGCAGGAUGUCGAGAUGAAGGAUGCAGCCAAUGAAAUGGUGAAAGAAACCCCAGCAGCCAGAGAAAAUGGCGAAAAGCCAGCAGAUACAGUCGAGGAGACGGAAGAAAUGACCGUGUAUGAAGAGGACACCAUGUCGGAUGAGGGUGCGGUGUAUGCACUACACAACGGAGCUGUGGUGGACUGGUCGUGUUUCUUUGCGCUUCUAACACAUAUAUACAACACCCUUAGCCCGCCCUUCCAUACACCCAUGAUAAUAAUUGCACAGCCAGCUUGGACGGCUGCGGACCGAGAGAGGUUGACCCAGUUCGUGUUCGAGAAGUUCAAGACACCGGCGUUUUGCCUGAUGGACUCUGCCUUAGCCGUCUGCUAUGCAUACAAUACCCCCAAUGCUACCGUUGUUGACGUGGGUCAUGGCAAGACGGAUGUCACUGCUGUGACUGAUUUCAUAGUGAACGAACACGGACGAGGAAUAGCCCUGGAAGGCUGUGGUGGACAGGCUUUGACCGACAGGCUACUAGAACUGCUGGGACCUAAGGGGUUCACACGUGAAAUGUGUGAGAAAUUAAAGAGGAACCCUAUAUGCGAGAUUCUACCACCUGGCACCCCCUUACCCAAAGACAAUGGGGCCGAGUCGGCGAAUCAAGAGUCUACUAAGCAGGCUCCCCCCCCGGGUAUGGGCCCAGAUAUGCCUAGAGGCCUGGGAAAUGGUGAAAAGGAAGAUGAUGACGGCGUACUAGACGUUGCUAGCAUUGUUAGCAAGGGCAAUGCUAGUGAGUUUAUUGCGAAACGAGAAAAGGAAAAGGCAGAAAAGGCAGCUUCUCGAAAAGGCCAGGCCGCGGAGUCCGCAGCCGCUAGACAAGCCCGUUUACCGAAUUCAAAGAAGGCAAAGGCCACUUUCCAUUAUGAAGGCCCUGCAGAACCACGGACGGGUGCUAAUGACCAAGCUCAGCCUAUAAGGCAAAAGAAGGACAUAGAAGUCGGGGUGGAAAGACUCAUGGCCGCAACGCCACUUGAAUCAGGUGCGGAUGAGAGGUGUGGCUACAGUAUCUUGGAGACUCUUGCUGCCCAGAUCCAUCAUACCAUCCUCUCCGUUCCUGAUGCCUCGACACGUAGCAGUCUAUGGGAUUCUCUGAUUAUACUAGGGAAUGGCAGCAAAGUCAAAGGAUUCCCACAGGCACUCCUCUCUACCAUCACACAGAAAUACGUGCUGUCCCCAUCCUCAGGAACCAUCUUUACCUCAGAGAUACCUUCAACAUUCUCCACUCCGCUAGCCACAGGUGCAAACACGCCGGCUCAGGCCCAAAACCCAGGCCCUUACCUUCAUCCUGCUGCACACGGUGUGAACCCACUACUUGUAGCAGCCACUCACUCAAAUACGCCCGCAACCCCCAACAAUCUAAACUCCAAUGCCGCUCUCUCCGCCGACCCGAAUAUGCUUGCACACCAUAAAUCCACGGGGCAUUCGCAAACACCAACGGGCAUCAAACUGCUUAAACCCCCCGAAUAUUUCCCCGAGUGGAAAGAACAAGGUUCAUCCAGCGCAGCGGUGGCUCUCCCUGGCACAAACCCACCGACAAACGCAGACGCUAGCAAUGCGAAUACUGCAACUGGAGUAGCAUCUGGCUCUAACAACAUCGGUAUGGAAGAAGCAACAUUCCUAGGAGCACAGGUGGCUGCCAAGGUGAUCUUUAUCGUGGACCAGGGAGCCAGCAAGGGAUACCUUAGCCGUGUAGAGUACAACGAUGCUGGUCCAACGGCGAUUCAUAAGUAUUCCCUGUAA